UGUCCUCCUCGUAUCUUCUCUGUUAUCGGUGACCGGCGCCUCAGGCCCGCGGUCUUGAGACCGAGCACCAUGCCUUCGAUAAAGUUGCAGAGUUCUGAUGGAGAGAUAUUUGAAGUUGAUGUAGAAAUUGCCAAACAAUCUGUGACUAUCAAGACCAUGCUGGAAGAUUUGGGAAUGGAUGAUGAGGGAGAUGAUGAUCCUGUUCCUUUACCAAAUGUUAAUGCAGCAAUUCUAAAAAAGGUCAUUCAGUGGUGCACCCAUCACAAGGAUGACCCUCCUCCUCCUGAGGAUGAUGAGAACAAAGAAAAGCGGACAGAUGAUAUUCAUGUUUGGGACCAAGAAUUCCUGAAAGUUGACCAAGGAACACUUUUCGAACUUAUUCUGGCUGCAAACUACUUAGACAUCAAAGGUUUGCUUGAUGUCACAUGCAAGACUGUGGCCAAUAUGAUUAAGAGGAAAACUCCUGAGGAGAUUCGUAAAACCUUCAAUAUCAAAAAUGACUUUACUGAAGAGGACGAGGCCCAGGUACGCAAAGAGAACCAGUGGUGUGAAGAGAGUGAAGUGCUGUGCCUGACACUGUAACACUAGAAGGGUUGCUCCACAUGCUAGUUGCACUGCUCUGUUUAUAAUUGUUAAUAUGAGAACGGUAGACAAACGCAGUCUCGUCCUCACUGCAUGUGUAGUUCCAGUACAGAUCUGACCUAUGGCUGAGUUUCUUCUAUGAGCUAAAGUUCUUUUGUUUUUGUUUUUUUCAGUAUUCUGAAUAAAACUGAACUUUUGGGUUCUCUGUGGAAAGUGGCAUUUUGGGCUUUCCCUCUUUCUGUAAAGUGAUUUCUGCCUAGUUCAUUGUCCAGUUAACUUCAGUGAGCCUUUGAAAGUUGGCAUUGUAAAUAAAACAACUUAUGAGAAGUAUUCUGAAAUAGAAUUAAUAAAACAUGAUCUUUGUUCAUGA